UUUUAUUUUUUUAUUUCAAUGUUUCUUUAUGUGUGUGUGUGUUCUUGGCAUCUUUUGCGUCUAUUCUCUCUCCUGACAGCUUGCAUCACCCACUGAAAGUGUACACAUGUGUGGAAAGUUGUAGCACAGUGUAUUUUACCCACACAAAAUUACGUGGUAGGCCUACGGUCAACCAUGAAAAAUCUAUAUCUAUAAAAGCUAUCUCUUAUGACCUUGCCAAAAGCCCUCAAAACCCGGUGUCAUAACUAAUAGUAGGCCGUGUGCAAGUGUGUUUGUGUGUGUGUGUGUGUGUGUGUGUGUGUUGCCGCUGCGGUUGUACGGCUCUAUGGUAGCAAAUUGCUUAAACUUAUGUCACGAAAUAAAAACACGGGUAACCCCAACAACCACGUGCCAGUGGGAAAAGAGCGGAGAGCGCGUCAACACCCAUAUUUGGAAUGUCGGUCUAAGUCAACAGACCAUAUAUGGUGUUUCCGAACGUGACGUCUGUUCCUUAUGUGGAAAACGAGGCGUGGCUGUGGCGGAGGAGACGCGAUACAAAUACUGUUUCCAACCCCUCCUCUACUGUAGAAUCACAUCUGCUGAGAAAUAAAGGGCAUUAAAACUAAGCUUUGACGAAAUUCAGACGAAGAUUAUAUGGCAUUUCGGGUUAAAAACAAAGCAAUAGACUAAUACUGUGAAAACACACCAGGCCUCUACGGACAUAAUACUGUUUUGUGUCAUCUUUUUUUUGUUAUUGUUUAUAGCACUUCAUUUCCAGAGGACAAAAUACGUAACGUUACCCAUAUACUGAAUGCGUUUGAUGCAGUGAAGAAUAUUCGUUUUCCACUCACGGCUGUUUGUUUGUCUGGAGAGGUCAUGGGUAUCGGCGACCCUCUCGAGAUCUCAGGUAGCGAGUUAGUUCAUAUUUUGCGGACUCCCUCUGAGCUCUUCGCGUCUGGAGGAUGUAUCGUGUUGGACUGUCGGCCUUUCCUCGGCUUCUCCCGAGCGCACAUUAUCGAGUCCCGCAACGUCAACUGGAAUUCAAUGCUGAGACGGAGGUCCAAGAGCUCCGUGGUGUCUCUGGAAUGGCUGGUGGCUGAUAAGUCUCUCCUGGCCCAGCUCCGGAACGGGGACUUCUCUCCGGUGGUGGUCCUGGAUGAAAACAGUCGGUCGGUCAGGGAUUUGAAGAGCGAGAGUUUGGCCAGUCUCCUCAUCAGUGCCCUUCAGUUAGAGGUCCAGUCUGCCUCGACGCACAUAUGCUUCUUACAAGGUGGAUUUGACGGGUUCUCUGCACUUUAUCCAGAGCUCUGCUUUAACACUCCUGUCAUGUUCUCAAACAAUCCUGCUCUCAGUGAACCAGAGUCCAUUGUGUCCGGAAGAAAGACUCCUCUCUACGAUCAGGGUGGUCCAGUUGAAAUCCUCCCCUUCCUCUUUCUGGGCAGUGCGCAUCACUCGUCCAGACGGGAUACUCUGGAACGCUGUGGGAUCACGGCAGUGCUCAACGUGUCCUCUUCCUGUCCGAACCUGUUUGAGGAGGAACUUCAGUACAAAACUCUGAAGGUGGAGGACAGUCUUGCCGCAGACAUACGCGUGCUCUUUCCAGAGGCCAUCCAUUUUAUUGAUUCGAUAAAAGAGAGUGGCGGGCGAGUGCUGGUCCACUGUCAUGCAGGAAUCUCCCGGUCGGCCACCAUCUGCCUGGCGUACCUCAUACACGCUCGACGUGUCCGUCUGGACGAGGCCUUUGACUUCGUAAAACGCCGCAGACAAGUCAUCUCACCCAAUCUAGCUUUCAUGGGACAACUUCUGCAGUUCGAGACGGACGUGUUGUGCCCUUAUUCUGUACUAGACAGAGAAAACAGUGGCACCGCGUUUUAGUAUCAGACAAGAAGUCUUGAACUGGCCGCACUAACUUUCAGAUCUACUAGUCGCAGAUUUGACCUCGAAGACUGUGACAAAUCUACAAAGGUGCUUAAAGGAAGUUUUUUCCUCGAUGCUAUGGCCGUACAAACUGCACGUGUCAGUUGUGGCAAACAAAUUUGGCAUCUCACCCUUUAAAACUAUAACACCAUAGUUGAGCAUAACUCAACUUGUUUGGGUAAAGUUGUAGACUGCAUCUACCUGUUCGUGAUUGUUUAUGGCAACACAAACUAUAAAUAGUGGUCGUUUCCGAACGACCGCUACACUCAUUAUCCCUCAUGGAAAGUGUAAUAGUCUCAUGUCAUUGUGACAUUGUGUACUCGACUACUACUGUGAUCUUAAAACAUCAACCCAUCUGAGAUAUUGAUGAAACAGACAAACAACUUCUGUCCCGCCAAACGUCUAAUAUAGUCCCCUAAAGCGUUUUCAUUUAGCCUUCAACAAUAGUAUAUGUUCAGGAUGUAUUUCUGCAGAUCAUCAUAGAUGUUGCAUCAGUCAAUGUUCCAUUGAGUGGUGCUGUGACCAUAUAUGGCUGUUACUUGUGGUUUAGUCUUCUGUGUGGUAAAUGUCAAGUUUUUCCAUGAAGUUAGUCUAAUUGUCUGUCUCAAACAUGUUUUAAAGGGCAAAGACCUGACAAACUGUGAUCCUAGGUCCUUUUAAAAUUAAGUUAAAAUUGUGUUGCGAUAGAUAAAGGCACUAAAGCCAUUUUGCUAAUGUGUUUUAUUUUUUAUAAGGUGUUAUUUCCUUAUUUUUUGUGAAUAUUUAUUUAUCUAUUUUCAUUCACAAGAUGCACUUUAAAUUCAAUUUGUUUUGAUAAGAUCUUUUGUAAGCUAUGUGGUUUACUCAUUUCAAUAUGUAAAUAAAAUGAUGGAUUCAUUUGUGUAAUGCAA